UUAAUAAUCCAAACAUCCCAAUUUCCCAUUUUCCCCUUUUGUAUAUUCUUGUGAUCGACUACCAGCGUCAAUUCAAAUGUUUCCAAAAACAAUCUCUCGUUUGAAUCAAUUGCGGCUGAAUUCUUCAAAUAGUCGAAUAUCAGAAGCCCUAUGAUUCCGUCAAUCAGCGAUUUCUGCCUCAAUUUCUGUAGAAUUGCAGAAUUUUCGUGUUAUGUGCAGAACGAAAAUGGCGAUAAGAGCUUCAGACCCGGCCCGAAGCCCUAAAUUAGGCUCCAAAACGCCGAGAAGAGGUAAUUCCAGAUCGGAGGCGGAAAAUCCCUCUCCUUCUUCAUCUACUUUAUCGUCGUCGUCGUCGAGAGCGCCGCAAACAAAUCUCUCCAAUCCAUUCCGCGGCGGCGGCUACUCAUCGUCUUCCUCCGCCACUGCCGCCGGCGCUAGCUCCUCCUACCUCCUCGACAGCUCCGUCGCCACCGCCUCCCUAUCCAGCCGCACCUCUCUCUCCAGCCUCCGCGACAAUCUGCCGGAAAAAACUCAGGUCUACGAUUUCUCCGAGAUCCGCGCAGCCACCAACAAUUUCCUGGCGAAGAGGCACUCCUCGACCUCCUCCUCGUCGCAGUCGUGGCGCUGCGUCCUCAGCGGCAAGGACGUCGUCGUCUUCCAGCGCAAGCUCCGCAAAUCGACGACGAGCGCCGCCGCGAUGCAGAAACUAUCGGUGAUCAGCAGGGGGCAUUUCACCAGCAUCGUGAAACUCGUCGGGAUUUCAAUUUCCGGAGAGCACAUUUACCUCGUGUACGAGUACGUGCACGGAUCUGACCUAGGGCUGUGCCUCCGCAGCAAAAUCGACCCCAAUUUCACGGUGCUGUCGACGUGGAUGUCACGGAUCCAGAUCGCGACGGACGUGGCGUACGGCCUCGAUUACAUCCACAACACCGCCGGACUGAGCGUCGACAUGGUGCACAAGCACGUCAAGAGCAGCGGCAUUAUCGUGACGGAGCCGUCGCUCAACGCGAAGAUCUGCCACUUCGGCGCGGCGGAGCUCUGCGGCGAGGUGGGGGAGGAGGGGCGCCAGGCCGCCGCCGCCGGGGAGAGGCAGUUCGAGGGGGUGAGGGGCUACAUGUCGCCGGAAUUCAAGGCGACGGGGGUGGCGACGCAGAAGUCCGACGUCUACGCCUUCGGAGUCGUGAUCCUGGAGCUGAUGACGGGGCAGGAGCCGCUCAAGUACGUGCUCGACCGGAGCAGCGGGAGCCACCGGCUGAAUUCGGUGAUCGAGACGGCGAGGGCGGCGGUGGAGGGCGGCGGCGAGGAGGCGGUGGAGGGAAGGUUGAGGAGGUGGAUGGAUAAGAGGCUCAAGGACUCGUUUCCGAUCCAAGUAGCGGAGAAACUAACACGUGUCGCGUUGCAAUGCGUGCACGACGACCCGGAAAACCGACCCGAAAUGAAAUGGGUCUCGGGUAAGAUUUCAAAGCUUUAUUUGGAGUCUCGGGUUUGGUCCGACCGGGUUCGGGUUCCUACCGAAAUUUCCGUCUCCUUCGCGCCUAGGUAGCUUUUUUUUCCUCCUCCAACUAAUUUUCACCCAUAACUUUAAUUUCCUAUUAUUAUUAUGAAAUACACUUUAUUAUUGGAGGUAUGUAAGUGGGAAUUAAAAAAAAGUGGGAUAGAGGUAUCAAAUAGAUUUUCUUAGAUAGGUUAUUCAUAGUUGAGAUUUUAUUCUUGCAUACUAGUGUAUUAUAUUAUUCUUGAAAUAUGAUUCAUGAAUUUAAUUUUC